CGAUUAAAAGGGACUAGUGCUUAGUCUCGACAAAUCGGUCGCUCGUCACGCUCGUUACUUUCGGAUUCGCAAGAGUAAUCGUGGCUCCGUAGUCACCGCGUCGACGCCACGCUGUCUCGAGGCGUCGAAGAUCGCGUAAUCAAAAUAAAAGCAAUUUUUUCGGGCGCUCGAGUCCUCCUCGGUAAUCGCAAGCACACUUCCGUGCUAGCAUAAUUUCGUGUGAUCUGUUGUUGUGAAUUUCAAAUGACCGAAGAAUAACCUGCGAGUAUUAUUUUUAAAAAAAAACUUUGACUUUUUCAAAUACGAGUGAGAACGGAACUCGGGAAAUGUUCUAAGUCGCGUUGACUAGGAUUGAGGUUAAGUGACGCGAAGCUUGAAUAAAUAUUCGAGUAACUUUCGAUUCUCGCUGUGAAUAUUGAGUCGGAAGAAAAUAAAAUGGCAGGUGACGAAAGCUAUCGAGGUUCGUCGACGUUGUCCUCGUUUAAGAAUAUAUUUUCGUUCACGAAUCCAUCGGCGAAGAAGUUAUUAGGCUGGAAGCAGGGGGACGAGGACGACAAGUGGGCGGAAAGAGCGGUUGAUUCGUUGGUAAAAAAGUUGAAGAAGCGUAAAGGUGCGUUGGAAGAAUUGGAGAGGGCGCUGAGUUGUCCGACAACGGUGACCAGAUGCAUCACGAUACCGCGGAGUUUGGACGGUAGAUUGCAAGUUUCACACCGAAAGGGCUUGCCUCACGUAAUUUAUUGUCGAGUGUGGCGCUGGCCCGAUCUGCAGUCGCAGCACGAGCUCCGCCCGUUGGACGUCUGUCAGCACCCGUUCUCGGCGAAACACGAGGAAGUUUGCAUAAAUCCUUACCAUUACAAACGCGUCGAAACAGCCAUUUUACCGCCUGUAUUGGUUCCACGGAACAUAGAGUUUCCAACUAACGCGGAAAUGACGUAUUCGCGAUUGCAACGAGACCGAGAGACUGGAAUGCCUCAAAAUAUUGCUUAUUCCAUCGAUGGCUUCCCGGAGCCCGCCGAAAUCGGCGGAACCAUUACGGCCGCGGACUCGAUCCAGCAAACGCUCAAUUACUACGGACAAACAGCCUACGCCAGUAAUAUUUUGCCCCUGACUCCACCGCCCGAGGAUUCCUCUCAAGUUUCCAACACAAAUCAAACCGCUUUCCCAACACAAGAUAAUUGCGCGACCAUGGAAACGGACAUGUCGAAUUGUCAGCCGAUUCAAUACGAGGAAACUCCCUGCUGGAUCUCCAUCGCCUAUUACGAACUCAACACCAGAGUCGGAGAGAUUUUUCAGAGCAAAUCGAACAGCGUUAUCGUCGAUGGUUUCACCGACCCCAGCAACAAUAUCGAGCGCUUUUGCCUCGGACGCCUCUCCAACAUCAACCGCAACUCCACCAUCGAAAACACCCGACGACACAUCGGCCACGGCGUUCAAUUUUGCUACAUCGCCGGAGAAGUAUACGUCGAAUGCCUCUCCGAUUCUUCCAUCUUUAUUCAAUCGAGAUUGUGCAAUCAUGUUCAUGGAUUUCACGCUAGUACAGUUUGCAAAAUUCCCCCAAAAUGCUCACUCAUGAUAUUCAGCAAUAAGGACUUUUCCGAGUUGCUCUCUAAGCGCGUUUAUGAAGGCUUCGAAGCUGUUUACGAUCUCACGAAAAUGUGCACCCUCAGAAUGUCGUUUGUGAAAGGAUGGGGCGGAGAAUACAAUCGGCAGGAUGUGACGUCAACGCCGUGUUGGAUAGAAGCGCAUUUGCACGGGCCGUUACGUUGGCUCGACAAUGUUUUGGUUGGGAUGGGUUCGUCUCACAACAAAAUAACUUCAACGUCAUGAGAAAUGAGAGAAAAUAAAAACCAUUCGAUUCGUGAAUUAGCUGACGAGGAAGCGAUUUCUCAGAAGGAAAUAAAAUCGCUUGAUUCAUUGUCAAGCGAGAGAAAGUUCGUCAAUAUCGGUACUCUCGUAUUAGAGUAAAACUUUUUUUUAAUCCGACGAUCUGUAACGUAAAAAUAAAUAGGAAGGUUGAGUCGUUUAUCGAAAUGAAUUAUUAUCCAACAUUUGGAUAAUACUUUUGUCUAUUUACUUCGAUUUUGUUCAGUUAAAUUCAUUCGUCCAUCGGAUCUCGACAAUUUAUGACCUCGAACGUGGAAUGAUGGAAAUUAAUGAUUUUUGUAAAACUUUUUCUUGACCGGAGACUCCUGCAACGAUUUUGUGGGUAGGCUUUCGAUUCCUUUUCAGUAAAAAGCUUAAAUAUUGAUUUUAUCUACGACACUCGUUCGUUUUAUUAUCACUGAAUGUUCCUCGAAUGCAAAUCCAUGAUAAAAUCGUUUCGAUGAGAAUCUUGUGCAGUUGAACAUCAUUAUGGCGCACGAGUAAGGUUUUCUGUCGGAGAAAAGAUUCGAGUAUUUUACAAUUGUGGAGCUUACGUUAUAAAAAAUAAAGUUCAGGAGCCUCGGAUCAAAGUUUCCAUAUAAAUAAUUCAUGAGAGCGAAACGUGCGUUUACAUCAUUUUGACUGAUCCUCGACGCUACUCGGGUCAAAGUAUUUUGAACGAAAUUUCGUUCCAAUCAUUUUGUAUAAUACCAAAAAAUAAAUCAGGAGUAUUUCGCACCCUGUA